AUCUUAGAUCGAAAUAUAGACAUCAGCUGUGAUAAUUGCAUCUUUCAAUUUAUUUAUAUUGUUUCAAAUUGAGAAGAAUAUAUAUUUCCGGAAAUAAACUAUUCCACAACCAGAUUAUUGCGGAAAAAUUAUUCCAUGCCAGAAAAUUGCGGAUAUAUUUGAAAUUUUUACCGUUAUAAAUAUCAAAGUAAGAAUUUAAUCUUAUGUUAUUAAAAUUAAAUUCUUCAUGAUUUAAUGAUUAAGAUAAUAAAUUAUAAUGCUAAAUACAUUAUAUUUUCACUUCUUAUGACAUUUCGUAAUUAAAAUUAAAAUUUGCAAAAUAUUUUGUCACGCAUUUAA